CCCGCGGGCGGUCGAAUGCGCCGAACCGAAAAAAAUUGGCAGCCGGCAGAAAAAAAAAGUUCAGGCCGGUCUCUCGUUGCUGUUGGAGGAGAGGACCUCGAUCACGACUUUUCCCACCUUUUUUCUCUCCCACCACCACCACAACGCCAACCCCAACGUCUUCGAGAUACCCCGAUUCGCCACAAUGUCUUCGAAGCGAAGGUCAUCCGGCAAAUUCGCGGCCCCGGUCGUUAAGUCCACCCCCAAGGCAUCCAAGACGACAAUCGACGAGAGCAGGGCAGCCGUCUCCGCAACGGACUCGUUACAAGCCGCACUGAGGGGCGACAACGAGGCGAUUGAGAUCUCCUCCGAUGAUGACAGCGACGAGGAUGUCUCUGACGAGGAGAUGGGCGCACCCGACGCCGAGGCUGGCGACGCAACGGAGACGGUGAACGGCAAGGACAACGACGCCGAAAACCCCACACAACAACAAACCAAGACAGACGCUGAAGGCGCCGAGGACGAGGAGGAAGCGGGAUCGCCCACCUUUGGCGAGCUCCUGCGGGGCACAAUCGACGUUCCCGCCAUCCUAUCGCAACAAGGCGACUCCAGCAAGGCCAUCGUCUCGCAGUCAUCAAAAAAGAACCUUGCCCCGCCAUCGCUAUCCUCCCUGAGCACCGUCCUCACCCAGGCGCUCAAGACCGAAGACACCGACCUCCUCGAAUCCUGUCUGCAAAUCACCCAGCUCGAGACCAUCCAGCAGACAAUUGAGCGCCUCGACAGCAGUCUCGCCGGCAUUCUCCUCACCAAGCUCGCCGCCCGGUUCCACAGGCGGCCCGGCCGCGCAGGCAGCCUCAUGAUCUGGGUCAAGUGGACCCUCGUCGCACACGGCGGCGCCCUGGCCGUCCAGCCCAAGGUCCUCGAGCGGUUAGUCUCCCUACAAAAGGUCCUCAGCGAACGCUCGCGCGGCCUGCCCAGCCUGCUCGCCCUCAAGGGCAAGCUGGACAUGCUGGAGGCGCAGAUGCUGCUCAGAAAUGGGCGGCAACGCAGGGGCGGCGCCGGCCAGACCGACGACGCCGACGAGGACGACGAGGAGGAGGGCGCCAUCUACGUCGAGGGCGAGGAAGACGCCGAGGAGGGCGCCGACGCGGCCAACGGCCCCAGCUCAAGAAAGGCUCUGUUGGCCGCCGACGAUGACGACGAAGAGGUCCCCGCCGCAAACGGCUUCAUCGGCGACUCGGAUGACGAAGACGACGACGAAGACGCCAUGGUGGCGGAGGACGAGAGCUCAGGCGAGGAGGUUGUCGAGGAGGACGACGUGGACUACGAGGACGUGGAAGAUUCGGACGACGACGACGACAGCGACGCGGAGGCCGCGCCGCCAGCCAAGGUUCAGAAAACUGCUUCUUCGUUUGCCAAGAGAAAAUAACGGGGACGAGCCGCUCCAGGUGUUGCGACUCAUUAGAGGGGAGGGAGGGGAGGCGGGUCUUAGAACGGCACAUAGACUUGGCUUGGGCCGACAAUUGACAUAAUAUUGUGCAAUAGGGCAAAUCAUGCGUUGUAUGGAGUUUGCGGUCAUCAAAAUCAAAGGGUUUUUGAAGAUUUCGGCAAAGAGUGAGUGGCGUUGCAUCGUCAUGCUCACGUCCUCUCCUGCAAUUUCAUGAACGAAUUGGUAUGCUAGUCAAUCAACACAUCAACAUUGAUAGGCUGCUUGGAUGACCCGACUGAUAUUAACUAUAUCAAGACGGACCAGUCUCAACAUGAGUACUCUAGCUCGGAUUCCAGCCCUCUCCAAAUAGACCACC